AUGGCAACACGAAACUCCUCGAGCCCCAAAUCAGUUAAAUCAGAAUUGAGCCCAGCAGAGGUGAGAGAAUUAGAGCAAGCCAAAGACAAGCUCUUUAUCCAGAUCUAUAUGAAGCGUAGAGUCUACUUCAAAAGAUGGCGGACAGUUACGCUCAGAUACUUCGCAGCCAUCGACAAAGGCAAAGAGAACGCGAAGAGAUUACAGGAAGAUAACAUCGACGAUGUCAUCACAAGAUACGCCAAGAGAAUCAAGGACAAACGAGAUAAGUUCAUAAAGAAAUACUCUUUUGAGACAGCGGAUGAUGAUGAGACCAUACGAUAUCUGGAUGGUAUGGAUACGUUGGUGAAGCCUGUAGACAGGACUCACCGCAAAGCUUUGAUCAGGAAGGAGGGCGAGUAUCGCGAGAAGAAUCAAACACUCAAUCCUGAUACUAAAAUUCCUCCAGAAAAGUCUUCGUCUGAAGGUGGUACCCCUCCUGGUAAUGUACCUGCGCAGGGAGAAGAAAGCUCGUACGAGGACGAACAUGUGCCCGCGGCCGGGGAUUGGAAAAGUCAGGCUGGAGAUAGUGACGCUGAAUCGGUCUUCUCGAUGGAUGCAUAG